AUGGCGAUGUGAGAAAAAUUACCAAAACAUGGAGGAAGAUUGUCCACAAAACCUGAGGUGUUACUUAUACAAAUUCCACAAACAAUUAGAUUUGACAAAAAUACAGCAAAUAUAUGCACAUCUCAGAUAUCGCUGUCUCGCUCUCCAUUCCAUCAGUAGAACUGUGAAAAUUUUAAAAAUUUCACACACGAAAAGGAACGACCAAGAGGCACCUCUCAACAAUAUUACAGCAUUCCAGUGGGUAUAUGAUAGAAAAUCAUCAUCGAUUAAAGAUCAAGGAGUUGCCAGAUUUGUUGCACUUUCUGUGAAUGGAGAAAUAUUGGCAGGAAAAUUGACAGAAGAAACACUUACCACAGAUGUAAAACAAGUCGUAUCGGAUGUCGUCAGAGAAAAAGGUCUAUCUCCCGAAGAUUGUCAGAGUGUACAGCUGAUAUCCGGAGAAGGGGAACAUGUUGUUUUGGCCACGCCCUCUCACCUGAUCUGCCUCCAGUUCAGAGACACACAAAGUUUUAAUGCUGUCAGCACUAUCCCUUUACCACCCUCUAAUGGUGACGCACAGCAGUGUCUACAUAUCCUCAGCGGUGUCGCUGCUGUACUCAACAGGAACAAAAACACACUCUAUUUCUAUGAAAUUGAAACUGGCAAUUUAUUUUGCCAAGUGGAUCUUUAUAGGACAAAUAUAGAGCCAGAUCGUCUGAUAAGAUGGCAGGUAUCACGUGACCUGCAGACUCUGAUGUUUGUCGAGAACACAUUGUCCGUGACUGUAGUGGACUUGGAACAAUACGCACAAGACAACCCUGUUUGUGUGGAGACCAUCACUUCCACAGAUACCACAGGAGGGGACACCAGCCACGGUUCCUGUCUCACUUGUGACGUCGGAGAUGUGGUGUGGAGGGAGAAAUUACUGACACUUCACGGACAGCACAGCGAAACAAAGAGCACUCCCUGGUAUCAAGUCAAACACAAUGUAAAAGUAGGGAGUUACGCUGUCACCAAGAAGCGUUGGAAGGUUUCUGGAUUUCUCGGGAAGUCCAAAGUUCAAGAAAAUAAAAUCAAUUCUUUUUUGAUAGGGAAAGUGUUUUUGCCUCCCUCUCUACAGAAUCUGUCAAUUGUUGACACAACCCUCGGUAAAUCUGUAGUCUCCCUGGUGUUUCACUCGGACAAGGAAAACUUCCUGUGUGUGUGUGACACAAAAACCUCCACAGUAACAACAGAAAGACUGUGUUCCCAGAGUCGGGUGAUUCUGUCCCGCGACCCAAACUUCCCUCACUUCAUCACGACACCGACCCACCUAAUGGGCGUCGUCAUGGACCAGACUAUUGGACAAGAAGAUUUUGUUAGCAAGAUGAUGGUGUAUGCAGGAGCGAGUGUAGCUGACACCCUUUGCCAUAUAAACAAGUGGGGGCGCUGCUCGAUCCCCAUCCGUACGCUGGAGAUAGGGCUGAAGCAACGACAGCUGGACACUGUUGUGUUUUUCCUCAAAAGCAAAGAAAAUUUCUUUUCCAGUUCCAAACUGGCUACACCAACCUCUCCAGGAGUGACUUCCCCUUCUUGGUCUUUGACCUCUAAUCACCAUGACAACCUGAUGCAGCUGGAGCCAGCUCUACAGCUACUGAUUGAAACUGUAAAAAUACAUCUCACAGACAAGGGAUCAGAAAGAUUCUCUAAGAAACUGGCUGAAAUCUUGCUUGACUUCCUUUAUGAACUGUUGCAUGAUGGACUUAACUUACUUGAUAAGGAGAAGGAAUCAUAUGGACAAGAAGAGGAGGUGAAGUGUUUAAAUAUGGCCAUAGAAAAAUUGCUGGAUCUCAUUGGAGAGGUCAGAGGUUGUAUAGACAAGCAGCUUCAGCAGAAUUCAGGGUUGAGUGGGAUGCCAGGGACUGCAGAUCGUGUACCGGAGGCCGGUACUCCAGCCAGUGAGUGGUCCGGUAUGUCAAAAGAGGCUGUGAUAGAGAGUGGAGUGACAGGGAAUUGUAUCCCCGCCCUACAGACCUACCUGUGCGACCAGGGACACAAGGCUGACCUGACUUGUAUUAUCAGAGCCAGCCUGAACAAAAUUGUUCAGUACCUGUCGCACCAACAGACCAAACCAGCCCUCCUCAUCCUUGCAAAUCUGGGCCUGAAUAUUGACGCCACAUUAUGGGAAAAGGCCCUGAUGUCUGUGAACAAAUCUACACGAGACUUUAUCAUCAAAGAGCUACGAUCCCGGGCACCACUGACACAAGAACAGGACGACCUUGUGACCUUUUGUGACUCCCUGUCUAAACACUAUCCGUGUCAGUCCCACAGAGCUGCAGUGGCUGGCCUACAACAACAGGGUGGACCGGAAAUGUCGACUUUACAGAGAAGUUGUGGUAUUCAGCUGGCUGACAAAAAGUAUGACCUUUCUGAGGAAUGUGGGGAGAUAGACAGUGUACUUGAAAAUGAUGUCAACCAAUCAGAUGAUUCCAAGGAGAAGAUAGUUAACCAAUCAGGUCGCUACUCGAAUGUGUUGAUGGGCUGGUUACAAUGGUGGAAUCCAGAUACCCAGCAAAUGGUCCUACUGGACACUAGAAUAGAGGACAAAGGCUGGAGGGAGGAGCUGAAAUGUCGCCUUGACCUAGUAGUGGAUUACCUGGCUCGACACAACAAACUCGACAUAUUAAAGGACCUUAUUGACCAGGCCGCUGAGUCGGGUAACCAUACCAUCGUUCAGGAAAUACACAGUCAGGCCAGCAAGUUGACCGCCUUCACAUUCCUCCAGGUCACUCGCUAUUGUGUUCAAAACAAGCUAUACCUGGACCAGGCCGACUUCCCCAUGUUGCUGGAACAGAUGAGAUAUGUAGGAGGUCCUUUAGUUGUGCCACACCCACUGGCCUCCUACCCUGUCCACAUCCAGGAGAGGUUUCAUCAGGACUUCACCAAGUACUGUGUACACAACAACCUUCCCAGUCUCCUCUGGCAGUACUGUCUCCUUCACAGGGUCCAGUCUGAUGUCCUGUCCCGAGUGGCCCAGGCCUCCAGUGACCACCAAUGGUUGGACUUCUUUGUCCACAUGUACUCCGUGGCCACCAACCCCCACAACACGGUCAGUAUAUGUGAAGCCAGCGUAGCCAAUGCAGCCCUCACCUGGUCACUGGACGGUGCUGUCAUUCCCGCUCUGAUUGGUCAGGGAGAGGUCCUAACAGCCCUGGCAACACUUAUAUACUCACCACAUACCCUACAACAGAUUACUCCUGGGACCGACAUGACAGCAAUGUUUGGUGGACUCAGCGUGGAGGCUCUGGAGCAAGCCCUGCAGCCAUACCCUAAACUCCAUGUAGCUCUGUUCCCCACCUCCACCAUCGACAAACCCCAGAAUGAUGUCACCAUUUAUCAGCUACUCAAGGACAAUGCCCCAUUUAGUCCAAGUCGACUGUUUGGUUGGCAGUCUAUGAACCGUACAACAGGAGAAGAAUCCCUGCGACAGCUGCCCCACUUCUCCAUGUCGGAGCUGGUGAACCGAUUCGCCUACACAGAGAGGAUUAGAUACACUUACUACCUACGACAAGGCAGACCGUCCUUCGCCUUCGCAUCGUUUUUGGCAGAACAGCUUGACACUGACCCUACGACACUGUCCAACAAAAGCAUCCUGGCUGCAUGUGGAACAGCACUUUGGAUUGGAAUAAAAAACUUUCACAACCCCCAGAUUUCCUGUGCAUGUGUCGUUUUCACAGAGAUGCUUGGACAAAACAGCAUCCUUAUAAGGACAUAUCUGCAGGUAGGGCAGGAGAUACUGCUCUACCUCAACAGUUGUUUGACCGGCAACAUUGACCGCCGUAAGGAGCAGGCACGCCACAACGAGGCAGAGAUAGCGUCCUGGCUGUGUGGCUGUGCGUUACAUCAGAGGAAACAGGCCACUUUCCUGCUGGUCAAACUGGAGGAGGCCAUUAGCGCAAGCCUUGAUAAGGAUGACAUUCCUAGCACAAGUUUUGAGGCUGGUCAGAAGUGGACGAUAGCCGUGCUGUUCUGUCAGGUACUGCACAUACAGAUGACCACCAAGUUCCUGGAGGAGUGCUGCCAGGCUGAUAAAUGGCUGUCCUUCCUUUGGUUCGCUCAGACACACCAGUAUCCUAAGGAACAGCUGCAGAGCCUACUGUAUAAAUUCAAGAGUGUGCACCUCCAGCAACACUUGCACUAUGUGAUAGAAAAUGCCGAGACUAGGGCUUGUGACCUGGGACAGGUGCUGACAGAAGGUCAAGGUCAGGCUGGAUCAAAGGGCAAGGAUGUGCGCUCUUCACUUUACGUCAGAAUCGGGCUCAAGAAAGAUGCAGACUCAGUGGACCUCAGUAGUGACGAGGAGGACCAGCUUACUUCUGUACAACAGGCAGACGACAGUGAUAAUGGUGUCCUGAUGGUGGACAUAGACUCGGCACCUGACGAUGUGUUCCGGGUUGUAUUUGUGACACAGUCAUCCAAAUGUCAGUGGAGGUCACUGUUGCAGUACUCCAUCAUCCUGCGUAACCCGCUCUUCUCCGAACUGGCCGCAUGUAUCCCGGAAGCCUGUGGGUUACCCUGUCUGUGUGGCUGGCUUGUGGCAAUGCUAGAUGUCAAAGAACAUGACAAGUUCUUGAAAAAUUACGGAAAAUCUGCGGGGAAAUGGAACUUGCGUCAUCUUGGUAGUAUAAUCGACAUCUACCUCCAGAAUAACUGGGUGUCUACACUGGCCAAUGGCUUCCAUAUAUUCCAACCGGACAGUCCAAUCAUCCCCUUCUUCAAAUUUUCUGCAGAGUUUUCAGAAAGGAGAAAUUUUAGCCAUUGUAAGAUUUUACUGGAAGACUUUAAGGAAUCUUUCCAUCUGUACUGCCAUGACAUCACACCAGAGGAGCGAGCCAUUAUAUUUGGGGAUACAGACUGGUUCCAACAGUUGGUGUUCAGGGUCCUCCAGCACCACUUCACACACACAAACAGCCUCUACGACAUCCUCCAGCUUCUCCGCCUCCUGGACAGCGAGAGCAUCGUCCUCGUCUUCAAGUUUGAGGUACCAGACUUUGCCAGACUAGCACGGAUGUUACAGAUGGUGGUAAACGUACCAAUCCCUGAUGUAAACUUCGCCAGCCUGGUGUCUACUGAGGAGUCGGAGGUGGACGGAGAGAGUCGGAGGAUCCUAGAUGUCAUGGUGGAGCGUCAGAUGUUCCAUCAGGCGAGGGAGUUCGCCCGUGAAGCGGGGCUGUCACAUGAUCACAUCACUAUGGCGGAGGUGAAAGAUGAAAAAUCCAAGCUAGAGUUAUCUCCCCUAUGGCAUUCUAGCAUCGUACGUAAGAGAUUUUGGAAACAGUGUGCCAACUCUUUUCUAAACUAUAAAUUGUCUGUGGAGCAAGCAACAGACUUCUUUCAGACUGAGGCUGGGUUGGUGGAGAGCUAUCAGGAGAAGGCGUACCUGUACCAGUUAUGUGUCCAACACAUGGAGGCCCUGGCCCGGACCGACAUGCUCCAGCUCAUUGACCAGACUUACCACACGUUAAGCAUAUACAGAAUCAGGGCCAAGAUGGAGCAGAUACAGCAGGGAGAUAACAGCGACGAUUUCAUGGAAGACAUUUUUGAAGAUGAUAGCAGUCAUCUACCGUCUGACACUCACGACCGGAAGAAGGAACUACUCAACUACGGCAAAAUGCCUCGUGAAGAUCAAGUCUCCAAUGAACUGACAGAGGAGGAGAGGAAGGCACUUGACCUGCUCAUACAGGAACUACUGGACUCUGGUCAAGUGAUAGAGAGCUGUAGACUGGCCACCGACUUCCACUUCUACUCUCGGGACCUGGUCAUCAUCCUGACGUGUAUCCGACUGGCCUUGGGAGUGGUCACUGUUGGGGAAUCAAUGGACAUGACCAUGGUCAGCCUGUUGGCUGAAUCCACUGGACAUCGCAGGUUGUCUAUGGCAACCACUCAGAAUAUUGGCAGGAUGAACAGGAAGGCCUCUAUGGUCAGUCUAGCAUCUGUGGCGUCCACUACCUGGGACUUCCUGCCAGUUGGCCAAGAGAAAAAUGUAAUCACUAUGGAGGCUUUAAUUGACCACUGUCACCAUGGAAACCAGUGCUGUAAACAAGUUCUCAACUGUUACGUCAUAGCAACAGUCCUGGACAAAGGUUAUGAGGACGUGGUUUUAGCUAAGGAGUUUACCAUCCUCAAGGAACUUCUCCAGACAAGUCUCCCUCAGAGGUUCUGGCUUGCCUCCGAAUUCCUCAGCAGCAGCUCUCUCACAAACUCACAGGUUGCUGGUUUCCUCUGCGACUCCAUUGUUUAUGCAUACAAGUACACAUACGGUAGUGAAGACCUACCUCAGACUGACCCUGCCCACACUCAGGGGGAGAGGGAUCUACUGUUUAACCCCACAGAGGACGGAGGUGUGGCUGGACAGUUUGUGACCCUGUGUCCUGACCCCUCCAUUCUCGGGGUCAGACUGCUGGACGUCGUGACCGGAAUGUCUGAGGAACAGCAUAUAACCACUGCAUUGCUGUCGGUCCAGACAGAGCUACUGAUCCUGUCCCAUACCUGUCACACCACCGCCUGUAAUAUGGAGGGGAUCUCCCACGUACUGAGGUCAGCCCGCACCAUCACCGUCAGCCUGGCCAACACACAAAACUUCUCACUCAUGGUACGGCUGCUGACAGGGGUCGGCAGAUUCACUGAGAUGACCUAUAUAUUCGACAGCCUCAAGAUGAAUGAGCAUUUUGAGCUUCUGCUGAAAAAAGGCAUAGAAAAGGAAAACAGUUUGAAGAUUGCUUUGCUAGACUACCUGAAACGUUACCAUCCCUCAGACAUCGAUACCUACGACAUGGUCGCACACAAUUUCCUCAUGCACCGUGAGAUUGCUCAGAUGCUGGAGUCGCGAGCUCGUAGAGGGCUCAACAAAUACAAGGAAAAGCUUCUAGAAAACACAACCGAGAUAAAAACGGACCUUCAGAAUAUUGUACAGGAUUUCACGGAGGCUGCUGAGAGUUACUACAAAGAGAGCUGUCUGCGACAUGCCCAAACCUGUUUACGUCACGCUCGACUGGUCGCUCUCCAGAUCCAGCACCUCAACCCGGUACUGCCAGUCAUCCAUCUCUCACCAGGGGGCGCUGAAAAACUCAUAGCCUCACAUCCAAAGUUUCUAGAGGCUUUGAUUGUGAGCGAGACUUAUGGUAAAAAGGGAAGUUGGCCGAAUGCUCUGUGUCACAAUGUACUGAUGGGUGGAGAGUUCCGGUACCUGCAGGACUUCAAGUCUCGCAUCAAACUUACUACCUCCCUGGUGUCAGAAACCAUAGAAAAAUUCCAAGUGGAACAAAAUCACUCCACCCAGUCCCUGAACAACCUGAAGAAAUUCCUCGAGACUCACUGUAGGGAUGUCAAGUUAAAGUACAAAGUGGCACAGGACUUCGGAUUCCGAGAUCUCCUGAGCACCAUGGAGAAAGGGGACAGUAGCAGCUAUAUCCAAGAUCUGGUUCACAUGGCAACAUAAACUUGGCGUCUCGUGAUUCACAAUUUUGUGUAAAUACUUAACUUUGUCUUACUCUUAUGAUUUGCUGAGGAUUUUCAGAUUUCAAGUGAAAACGGGUCCAUUUAAUAGCAAAAAUUGAAUACACAGAAAACCAGCAGAACACAACAUGUCGAUCAAAGAAAAUGUGCCAAACUUCAAGUAGGAUUAAAAAAUGUUUGCUUUAUAUGAUGCCAUCUGUCUUUCAUAUUCGGCAUUAAGUGCAAUAUAGUGUGAUAAAAUGACCAUGAGGGGUAUUUAUUUGAACUUAAAAUAUAUUCUAUUUAAUUGUAGACAACUAUAUUGUAUAUCAGUGCUUUAAUUAGGAUAUAUAAUAUAAUUUAAUAUAUAAGAUACUAUUAUCAUAUUUACUUUGUCCAAAAUUUCAAACUUUGUCUAGCACGUGACUGAUUGCUAUUUUCCCUGUCAAGACUGUUUAGUAUAUAAUUGUAGUAGCUAGUCUGGUACAUAACUAAUGGCUAUUUUUCUGGCUAAGACUUUUUAUAGUUUGUAUUGUAUGUCACUAAUCGCUAUUUUUCCUAUCAAGUCUGUCAUACACUUUGCGAGUCAGUACAUGACUAUUUGCUAUUUUUUGUGUCAAGACUUGAGAAUCUUGACCAAAUCAGUAUACAAUUGGUUGCUACUUUUUCCUACCAAAAAAAAUGGAUUCGGGUUUGAUGAGGAGGUCAGAAUAGAAAGAAUUUAAUUGUAUCAUGUUGUGUUCUUAAAUUAGAGAAAGCAAGCAACAAUUUACAAAAAGUUAGUUUUGAUAAAUAUUGUUGUUCAUAUUUCUCCUUUUUUUGUGUGUUUUUUUGUUACAAUGUUAAAGUGUUCUUUCAAUAAAUACUCAUUGUUGCUUUGUAGGGAGAAUAUAUGAAGUUGAACUAUGGUAAUAAAAAGUAAUUUAGAAAAAUAA